AUGGCGUCCUCCAGCCGAGCGCGCUCUUCCAAACAACCCGGACCUUCCCUCAUCCACGUGCCCAACCUCUUCUCGGUGGUCGAGCCUGGCGUGUAUCGCUCUGCCAGUCCUACGCCCGCUCAGGUCCCAUUCCUGGCUUCGCUGAACCUCAAGACGAUCAUUUCCCUGACGCCCGAGUUCCCCACGAAGCAGCUUCUCGCUUUUACUCGAGCGGCGGGAAUCGACUUUCUGCAUUUGGGCACGACAUUAUGGAGGCCACUCAUGGACUGGAAACCUAUCCAGGAUGAGAUCGUCAAGGCAACGCUGGAGCUGUUACUGGACAAGCGGGUACACCCUCUUCUGAUCAUUGACCCUCUGGGGAUACAUCAAACGGGUAUCAUCGUUGGCUGCCUUCGAGUGCUGCAGGGGUGGAACUUCGCCUCUACCCUCGUCGAGCUGUUCGAUCCGGACCUCAUCAAUCUCCCCCUUCCGGAUAACAUCCCAUCUUGGUUCCGUAGUCUAGACGAGUCCGACGAGGAGGAUACGGACUACGAGGUGGAAGAGGCGGACCCGGUGGACAAGAAGGCACAAAAGGGAGCCAAGCCGGGCAAGGAGAAGGUUAUAGAGCCGAGCAACACAGCGGAGGAGGUCGUCGGGGGUAGAGAUCCGGGUAAAGGCGAGCGAGGCGUGGGAUAA